GGCUUUCCCCUGCCCAUCCCUGGCCGCUGGCCCGGGACCAAAGCCACUUGAGCAAGCAGAGUCGUCACCUUGUCUUCGUUGCCUUCAGGGAGCUGCUGAGAAGAACAGGAGGGAAGGGGCUUUUGGCUCCUUAGAAGGAAGGCUGAGAAACUAAAGAGUGACCAGUGGUUGGACUCUUGGCGGUGCUUACCCUGAACCUGAGUGUUAGGGGAGAGGGAAUCUGCCACUGCGGUUUCUGGAGCUGCUCAUAAGCAAGAGUUCCCUAUCCUGAUCAAGGCUUUAAGCCUAAAAGAAAGCAGAAAUAGGUCAAGGGCAGCCCAAGUGCCCAAUUUCUCUCUCUCUUCACAAGGCACCACCAGCGAUAGAGAUGAGAAAUUCUGAAGAACAACCGAGUGGAGGGACCACAGUAUUGCAGCGUCUGCUACAAGAGCAGCUUCGCUAUGGCAAUCCUAGUGAGAAUCGCAACCUCCUUGCCAUCCACCAGCAAGCCACAGGGAAUGGCCCUCCUUUCCCCACUGGCAGUGGGAACCCAGGCCCUCAGAAUGAUGUGUUGAGUCCCCAAGACCACCACCAGCAGCUGGUAGCACACGCUGCUCGCCAGGAGCCCCAGGGCCAGGAAAUUCAAUCAGAAAACAUCAUGAUGGAGAAGCAGCUGUCUCCCCGAGUGCAGAAUAAUGAAGAACUUCCGACCUAUGAAGAAGCCAAAGUCCAGUCCCAAUAUUUUCGCGGCCAACAGCAUGCCAGUGUUGGAGCUGCCUUCUAUGUCACUGGCGUCACCAACCAGAAGAUGAGGACCGAAGGACGCCCAUCAGUUCAGAGGCUCAAUCCUGGGAAGAUGCACCAGGAUGAAGGACUCAGAGACCUUAAACAAGGGCAUGUCCGCUCCUUGAGUGAACGAUUGAUGCAAAUGUCACUAGCCACCAGUGGAGUUAAGGCCCAUCCACCUGUUACCAGUGCUCCCCUCUCCCCACCACAACCCAGUGACCUCUACAAGAAUCCCACAAGUUCCAGUGAAUUCUACAAGGCCCAAGGGCCACCUCCCAACCAGCAUAGCCUGAAGGGCAUGGAACACCGAGGCCCCCCACCAGAGUAUCCCUUCAAGGGCAUACCACCCCAGUCUGUAGUGUGCAAGGCCCAAGAGCCAGGGCACUUCUAUAGUGAGCACCGCCUGAACCAGCCAGGGAGAACAGAGGGGCAACUGAUGAGGUAUCAGCAUCCCCCUGAGUAUGGAGCGGCCAGGCCAACACAGGACAUCUCAUUGACAUUGUCAGCCAGGAGCUCUCAACCUCACAGCCCAACUUCUUCCCUGACAUCCGGAGGUUCCUUGCCCUUGCUGCAGUCUCCACCAUCUACUAGAUUGUCUCCUGCCCAGCAUCCCUUGGUCUUGAACCAGGGGGACCACUCAGCUCACCUGCCUAGGCCCCAGCAACAUUUCCUUCCUAAUCAGGCUCACCAGGGGGAUCAUUACCGUCUCUCCCAACCAGGCCUGAGUCAGCAGCAACAGCAGCAGCAGCAACAGCAGCAGCAACAGCAUCACCACCACCAACAGCAGCAGCAGCAGCCAGGAGAAGCCUAUUCAGCUAUGCCUCGGACCCAACAGUCUGCUUCUUACCAACCAAUGGCAGCUGACCCUUUUGCCAUUGUCUCCAGAGCCCAGCAGAUGGUUGAGAUCCUCUCAGAUGAGAACCGAAACUUGCGUCAGGAGUUAGAAGGAUGCUAUGAGAAGGUGGCAAGACUGCAGAAGGUGGAGACAGAAAUCCAGCGGGUCUCGGAAGCAUAUGAGAACCUAGUAAAGUCAUCCUCCAAAAGAGAGGCCCUGGAAAAAGCCAUGAGGAACAAGCUGGAGGGCGAGAUUCGGAGGAUGCAUGACUUCAAUAGGGAUCUGAGAGAGCGUCUAGAGACUGCCAAUAAGCAGCUUGCGGAGAAGGAGUAUGAGGGGUCAGAGGAUACCAGGAAGACCAUCUCUCAGCUCUUUGCAAAAAAUAAAGAAAGCCAGCGAGAGAAGGAGAAGCUGGAAGCAGAGCUGGCCACUGCCCGUUCUACCAAUGAGGACCAGAGGCGACACAUUGAAAUCCGAGACCAGGCCCUGAGCAACGCACAGGCCAAGGUGGUGAAGCUGGAGGAAGAGUUGAAAAAGAAGCAGGUGUACGUAGAUAAGGUGGAGAAGAUGCAGCAGGCCCUUGUACAGCUGCAGGCGGCAUGUGAGAAACGGGAGCAGCUAGAGCAUCGUCUCCGGACAAGACUGGAGAGGGAGCUGGAGUCUCUCAGAAUCCAGCAGCGCCAGGGGAGCGCUCAACCCACCAACAUUUCAGAGUACAAUGCUGCUGCACUGAUGGAGCUCCUGAGAGAAAAGGAAGAGAGGAUUCUGGCCCUGGAAGCUGACAUGACAAAGUGGGAGCAGAAGUAUUUGGAAGAGAAUGUGAUGAGACAUUUUGCUCUGGAUGCCGCUGCAACUGUGGCUGCUCAGAGGGAUACAACAGUCAUCAGCCACUCUCUGAACACAAGUUAUGACACAGCUCUGGAAGCUCGCAUCCAGAAAGAGGAGGAAGAAAUCUUGAUGGCCAACAAGCGUUGUCUGGACAUGGAGGGCAGGAUCAAGACCCUCCAUGCUCAGAUCAUUGAGAAGGAUGCUAUGAUCAAAGUACUCCAGCAACGCUCCCGGAAGGAACCGAGUAAGACAGAACAGUUGUCGUCCAUGCGGCCAGCGAAGUCUCUGAUGUCCAUUUCUAAUGCCAGCUCAGGCUUGCUGUCUCACUCAUCCACCCUGACUGGAGUGCCCAUCAUGGAAGAGAAGAGAGAUGACAAGAGCUGGAAGGGGAGCCUAGGUAUUCUCCUGGGUGGAGACUACCGUGUAGAGUCUGUGUCAUCCACUCCUUCGCCUGUGCCUCCCUCGACUCCCCUGCUCUCAGCUCACUCCAAGACAGGCAGCCGAGACUGCAGCACUCAAACUGAACGUGGAACGGAACCCAACAAAACAGCAGCUGUUGCUCCCCUCUCUGUUCCUGCUCCAGUUGCUGCCGCCGCCACUGCUGCCCCCAUCACUGUCACUGCUGCCACCAACACUGCCAGUGCAGCUACCAACACCAUCACUGUGGUAGCUGCUGCUCCAGUUGCUGUUACUCCAGCUGCUGCCGCUGCUGUUGCUGCUGCUCCAUCUCCAGCAACUGUUGCUGCUAUUGCUGCUGCUGUUUCUCCAGCUGCUGCUGCUCAGAUUCCAGCUUCUGCAUCUGCUGCUGUUGCUCCUGCUCCUGCUGCUGCUGCUGCUGCUGCUAUUCAGGUUGCUCCAGCUGCUCCGACUCCAGUUCUAGCUCCAGCUCCGAUUCCAGUUCCGGCAGUGGCUCAGGCUUCCGUUCAGGCUCAAACUCAGGCACCAACUCCAGCUCCAGCUGCACCUCCUACUCCAGCUCCAGUUGUAACUCCUACUCCAACUCUAGCUGCAGCUCCAGCUUUGGCUCAGGUUGAGGCUCUUGCAACUCCAGCAACAAGUGGUUCUGGAACAUACCAUUUGUCUGUACCAAGUUUGACCUGCAAUCCAGACAGCACAGAUGGCCCUGUUUUGCACUGCAGUACUCUGGAAAGAAAAACUGCUAUCCACAUCCUGGGACAAGAGCCUGAUGCAGAGAUGGUAGAAUAUCUCAUCUAAAUGGCCCAGUCAAGAGCUGCAGUUUAUCAGCAAGAAUGCUUUUAAUGAUGUUCCCCUUUUGUUUGUUCUUAUUUUGAGAGUGAUGACAAGGGUUGGGGGAGGGGAUGUUUUUUAAAGGGAUUUUUAUUGGGACAAUAUAAUACUUAAGUAAUACCAUAUGAACUCCAGUCUAUUCUGGUAUACAUAGAGAAUACCUCUAAAAGAUAGAUUAAUCAGAAUGUGCUCUGAAGUUUAUUGUUGGGAUUUAUACAAAUAUUGGGACAAUUAACAAGUAGAUAUGCGUUGAUAUUUUCAAUGGGCUUAAAUUUAUUUCAAUUUUUCUAUUGAGAUCAUUUUUAUUGAAGAGCACAGUAUGUGUGGAAUACAGUGUGUAACAUGUAGUUUGGAAGUGGGGAGCCGGAGAGAGAUUAAGUGUGUGUUCUCUGUGUCUAGUUACUAUCUAGGCAGCAGCCACAGAAAGCUCUCACCAUGGGCUCAUGCAAGCAAAUAGUUUAAGAGCUGUGUAAGCUGGAGAAAAGGUAGAGAGUAUUGGGAUAUGGAAGGGUGCUGGAGCUAAUUUUCCCUCCCAGCGGCCAGCUACCCACAUCCCAAUAGACUGCGUUUGUCUUCAUUUCAGUGGUGCUUUGGAAGUGGAUUCUUUUGGUUCCCUCUUGGAGGUUCAUACAUUCAUAUAUGUACUCUGGAGUAAUUUAUGCAGUUGGAUAAUUAAUAUAUUGCUUUCAGAUGCUAAGAAAGUAAAUUAACUGAGUGAUGCAUAACUUCCUCUGUCUUGGAGAGUUAGACAUCGUAGGCCUUGUUCGAAAGUUGCAUGAGCGGCCACAUGCAGACUUCUGUAGUUGGGUGUAGCCAUGAGCACAGCUCACUUACCUUUCCUGAGCUCAGUCAGCUUAGUGUUUAUUCCUUCUAUGAUGUACAUUCACAGGCUGCAUCACCAGUCUCCAAUGGCCAGUAAUUUGCAAAGCAAGGAAGCAUUUUUGCUGACAGGUUGAAUGCUUUGAAUUUCUGGUGACUACUUUAAAAUAACGCCUCUGAUUUAAUUUUCUCCAAUUCUUAGGGUGUCUUAAAAGGCAUAUGUGACUGCACCCCCAAGAGAGUAGCAUCAGAAGUCCAAAGUACUGUGCUGCAGUCAAGGGAGUGGUUGAUUGCAGCGGGCUCCUCAACUACCUCUUUUCAUCACCAGUGAUUCCACCUUGGGAUCCCUUUGGGAAGCAGUGAUAAUAUGCAUGUGGGUAGGGACCAAAGGAAGCUGGGGCCAUAAGACUUGCCAUAGGGCUGCCUCCAAGGUGUCCCAGAGGGAUGCAAAUUGCCACAGGUCCUUGCCCUGUGUCACUUCUUUCCCCUUCAUUUAAUGAUAAAUACACAUAUAGUGUCAUUAGCAUCAAUUUCCAAGUGUUUAGGGAGGGUGAAGGGAAGCGGGUUGUUAGGUAAGGGAGGGUUAGAGGUUUAGGGAUGUGUUAGUUAGAAACCAGAUUAAUAGAUGAGUAGCCUGAUAGAUUAUGUCAUGAGCCAUAGUGGCAGGAAGGAAUUUUAGCAAUAUAGUCCUAUCUCCUAAUUUUAGUAAUGAGGAAUCUGAGACUUGGAGAGGGUCAGUAGCUUUCUCAAGAUCACACAGCAUAUGUGUUUAUUCAGCCAAUUAUCAUCCUUUUGGGGGGAACUCUUUUAGAGGUAAAAGAAGAGCCUGUUUUAAGAAAAGGCAUCUUCAUGGUCCAGGUUGCAUGUACUUACAAAGUAUCCCUGGCUUGAAUAGUUUGUCCAGGGUUAUGAAUUCCUCUUUUGUCUCUAUUGCAGUGCCUUGUACAAGGUUUUCCCUUUCCUUAUCCCAUUUCAACACUGAGUCAUAUGAAAUAUCCACCUAAGAAAUCAACUUCACUUUCUCUCUCUGAGACUGGGUGCCUCGGGUCUUCUUACAGGGUUCCCCUGUGAAUAUAAGAAUAGUGUAUUUACCAAUACUUUUUCGUAGUUUCUAAUUAUCUUCCAAAGGAAUUAUUUGGUGUUGGGGAGGGGGCAAGAUGGAAAACAAUGCAAUUUUUAGCCAGUGUUUUCACACUUUCAAUAAUGAAGUGAUCUUCAGUUGUCAAAUGAAUUCCAAGUAGAAACUCAGCAUGCAGUUGUAUUAAUAUUCAUUCAUAUGACCUUUAGUCAUAAGGAGAAAAAAUUAAAAAAAAAAAACAGUAAUCUUCAGGACGUUACUUUUUAUCUGAGCAAAUAAAUAAAAAUAAACCUUUCAUUGCCAGACUUCAUUGCCAGAAUUUUUGCUGACUCUGAGUGCCAUGAUUGUAAUCAUAUUCUGCAAUGGGACAAAUACACAUUCCACACCAUGUGACCUCCAUCUCCUUAGGCUUUAUGAAUUUUAUGGGAAGGAAGAAAUACUUGCCUAAGUAGUAUUUUGAACUCUCCAGAAUUUUCUCUGCCCUUCCAUACCAGUGGCAAUUUGUCUCUGCUCAGUUUUCAGUCCUAGGUAUUUUGCUAAAUUAACAUUUUGCAACUGAGACGAUCAUGCCAGUAUAUCCUAUUGUACAGAAGAUAGAUUCCACCUUUUUAGAAAAUCUUUAGUAAGUAUUUCAAAAAUUUAGGCUUAUGGGGGAAAUCUCAAGUCAGUCACCCUUAUGCAACUGUGGAUGUAAUAUUUGGGGGAUCUUCCAGAACUCCCAUCUAUCUAUGCAUUUUCCUGGCACCUCAGGGCGGGAGGGUAACCUUGUUGUCUUAACCUGUACUGCCUGGUGGUCUAUGGGGACCUUUUAGUUCAGUUGUACCCCAAUGUCCCAUGUAUAGGAGAACUUAAUUAGAUUGACCUUUACUUGAUAUAAAACCCCUCUAUUAAUGUUUUGGAAGUAAAAGUAGCUUGAACUUUCUUUUAAAAUCAUGUAUCUUGAUUUUUGUCUUAAUGAAGGAUUUAAUUUUAAUGCUGCUUUUGAGCUUUAGGGUGAUGGGACAGCAGGAAUCUGAAAUAUUUGACAUCAUCUGCCAUAAGAAACAUAGCAAAGGACAUGUCAUGUUCUCUUUUUGUUAUGCUGUUGGGUGGGUAUAAGUUAGAAAAUGAAUAAGCUGAUUGUACAAACUACUUUUAAUGAAGAGCCUAAAUACUGCAGCAGCUUAAAGUGUAUACAUAUGCACUAACUUCAUGUAUGUUAGCCAAACCAUCUUGUGUUAUCUCAAAUGCCCAUUUACAUAUGGAAUGUAUUACUUGCAGUGUAUGUCAUUUUACUGAGUGUUUUCAAAGGAAGGUAUCAGUUAUGGGCUAAUUGUCACCAAUAUCAGCCCAUCAAGAUCCUUGGAAAUGUAUCUUUCAAGUGUCAUCUAUCAUCGGUAGGGCAAGUGUCAGGAGUGUUUAUUCUGGUAGCAACGAAGGGUUACAUGGAGCUAUCAAACCUCCUUCUGGUGUUUCUUGUGAUUAAUGGCAUGUGUGUGUAAAAUGGAUAGCUGGGGUGGGCAGAUGGCUAGAGAAAAAUUAUCUGUAGUUUAAAAUAUACGUGGUCCCAUAAUGAUUAUGAUCCCAUUCUGUAAUCAGCAGAGCUAGUUCCAAUAAAGUUAAGCAGGUUUAAAUCUAUUUUGUGCCUAUCUUUUCGCUGACAAUAAACUUAACUAUUUUAAAAUGCA